AUGGCUAAUGAAUCCGGAAUGCGUGUGGAUAUGAUUGUCAUUCAUGAGGAAGGUGCGUUGCCGUCUCCCCAAGAGUUAUUAUGUUCCUACCCAUAUAAUUUACUAAGCGAUCUCUAUGAGACUCGUGAGGCUCUUCUUUUUCUGAAUCUUGAUGAAAUUUUUUCAGGCGAGAUGGAUUCACUUCCUUUGUGGGCCUAUGAAGAGGUUCCUCCCUUUCAGGUUUCAGAAUCUUGA